AUGGCUACAACGACUGCAAUAAAAAUUCAGGAGUGCUUUGCUGUGAAUAAACCUGAGACAGAAUAUGGCCCCAAGAUUCCUGCUUUUGAAACAGGCCCAUCCAAGCUGGACCUGCUGCCUCAUUGGUGCAGUGGUGGAGAGAAAAAAAGCAUUAAAGACCUGAAUGUUGUGCUAUCAACAACAGUGAACGUUGAUGGGCACGUGCUGGCAGUGUCUGACAACAUGUUUGUUCACAACAACUCCAAGCACGGACGGAGAGCGAGGAGACUUGACCCCUCAGAAGCCACCCCCUGCAUCAAAGCCAUCAGCCCCAGCGAAGGGUGGACCACGGGCGGGGCCAUGGUCAUCAUCAUCGGGGACAACUUCUUCGAUGGGCUGCAGGUCGUCUUUGGGACCAUGCUGGUGUGGAGUGAGCUCAUCACCCCUCACGCCAUCCGAGUCCAGACGCCUCCCCGGCACAUUCCCGGCGUGGUCGAAGUGACAUUAUCCUACAAAUCCAAACAGUUCUGCAAAGGUGCACCAGGCAGGUUUAUUUACACAGUUAGAAUUUUCCCAAAAGUGGAAAAAUUUGAAUGGAAAUCUGACAGCUCAGGACUUGUAGAAAGAGUCGAUGAUAUGCGAAGAUCCUGGCGGAUUCAUGGAUGUAUUUGGAAUUGUUCCGCAGGUUAUAUCCGGAACACCAGCAGCAUCUCCCCCCGGGGUUACUCCUCCAGCUCCACCCCCCAGCAGUCCAACUACAGCACCUCCAGCAACAGCAUGAACGGCUACAGCAACGUGCCCAUGGGCAACCUGGGCGUGCCGGGCUCGCCGGGCUUCAUCAACGGCUCUCCCACGGGCUCGCCCUACGGAUUGAUGUCCUCCAGCCCCACCGUUGGCUCCUCCAGCACUUCUUCCAUCCUUCCCUUCUCCUCCUCCGUCUUUCCCGCUGUCAAACAGAAGAGUGCCUUCGCUCCUGUCAUCAGACCCCAAGGGUCUCCUUCCCCUGCCUGCUCCAGUGGCAAUGGAAAUGGGUUUAGAGCCAUGACUGGUCUUGUCGUUCCCCCGAUGUAAGGAAGGGGCAGCUUUGCCUCCUCUCCCUCUUCCCUUUUUUCCCUCUUUUUUUUUUUUAUUUCAUUUUUCUUUUACAGCACAAAACUACUUAUUGUGAUGGACCACUAAAAUGAAAAAAAAAUAGCACUACAAGCUCUUUUUUUGAAGGGAAAGCCAGGCCCAGGAAAAACAAACAAACAAACAAACAAAAAAUGAACCAACAAAAAAAAAGGAACAUUUUUUAUGGAUUGGACAAGACAGAAAUCUGCAUCUUUUACCUGUUUAACGUUUCUGACACAACCACAUCAACUCUUCAAACGUUGUGAAGGAAGAAUCAGCCAGAGCCAGGAUGAACAAGAGUCAGCAGAACGGAAUCAGAAAUGCAAAGUCUUUCCUGGAAGACACAAAAACCUUCCUGAGAUUUGUAAAAUAUUCAAAGGAAAAAAAAAAAAAAAAAAAAAAAAAAAAAAAAAAAAAAAAAAAAAAAAAAAAAAAAAAUUGGCAAAAAAACACGAUUCAAGCUUGAUAUUUUGGAUACAAUUUGUUUUACUUUGUAGGGGUAAAAAGCUGAAGUUUCUAUUUUCUAUGGAGCCUUUCAGAUAUCGAUUUAGUUUAUGCAGAAAAAAAAAACAAACAAUUCAACAAAACAGGGUACCAGCAUGAAAGAAUUUCUAGGACAAACUGACAUGAAUGAUGGAACUUUGGUGUAUGUGUGUAUUUGCUUAUAGUUUAACCUCUUUAAAAAAAAAUGUAAGAUGUUUUACAAUUAUUUAAAUAAAUAAACUUGUAACUUAUUGUAUGUAGAGGUAGAAAUUAAAACCCUUUUUUUGGAUUUUUUUCCUCCAGCUGUACAAUGAAGAAAGAUGAUGCAAAAAUGUAGUGAUAAGUUUGAGAUAUUAUUAUUACUGCUGCAACUGCUCCUCACUUUUUUCCCCCCCUUCUUACUGAAUUCAUGUGCAAGGAUGUAUAGGAUUCUUUCUGAUGAACAAAAACCAUCACAGACUUUUGUGGUUUUAAUCCAUGUAUGAAUUUUUCCCCCUCUUCAUCUUCCCCCCCCAACACCUUGUGAUUUUUUUGUCUCAAUUAAAAAAAUAUUCAGGUACUGAGAUGAACUGCUAAAAAGUCUCAAAGCCCCAACUGGUGAGCGAGUGGCACUUUGGGAUUUGAGUGGAUCGGGUUUUUUCAUGAGGUACUGAGAUUAUUUUAGAGAUUCAAUGUAUGAAUUUAGGAGGGAAAGGGUUCUCCGGGGUUUUCCAUGUAGUUAGAACACCUUAAGUUCAGUUAUACUUCAUAUUAAAGGGUGCAUUUAUCAAGGGUGAAUAUGUAUUUGAAUAAUAUAUGCACUUUUAUCCUGAGUCAUUAAAAAUGGUAAGUAUUUUCCAGUUAUAUAUUGAAGUUCAUAGAGGUAAUCGAUUGCUUUGGAUUUUUCUGCAUUUUAGGGUUAAAAAAAAAAACCAAACACAACACAAGUUUAGUUCUCCUUUGCAUCUCCUCUCCUGAAAUUGGAAGGUGAGAACCAGCCUGAUAAAAUAAAUCACUGCUUAUCUGACUAAACCACUCAAAAGCACUGGAUUGUUGGAAAGCCAUUUUUAGUGGAGGAAAAAAAAUGAGUUCCACUGCAGAGACCCCAUCAAAACCCCACAGUUCCCAUGGAGAGCUGUCCCUAUGGAAAUGCCUGGAUGUCAAUAAAUAAAUCUUCAUAUGGCCCCUUGAACCUGUACUUGUCCAUGUGCCCAGUAGUUUUAGGGAUGGGUGAGGAAAACUGUGUCCUUGGUGAUCCUUAGCUGUGGUAGAAGAUGUUCUGGACGUGGGAUGGUGGAGCUGGGACAACUUGGAACUCCCUUUCCCAGGGGUCAGCUGAUGGCAGAAAUGGAUUUAAUGGAUUUAAAUGGAUUUAGGAAGCACAGGAUGGGUUUCUUAACCAGAGACAAACUGGGCUGCUCUGCUCACUCCUGAAGAUGUUCCACUUGUUGGGAAGGAAUUUUCUAUCCCUGGCUGGGCUGGGAGGUUUGGGGGGGUCUUCCUGAGGUGCCUUCUCAGUGCUGUUAUAUUCCAUUUUAAAAGGGGGCAGCGGGUUUAUUGUCUUCUAAAACCCAAGGCCUGGUCUAUGAUAUCAGAUGAGAAGGGAUUUUAGGGAGGUUUGGUGGGAAUAAUGUGUUUUUAAGCAGCAUGAACAUAGUUAGGGGCUUCCAGCCAGGCUGCACCAAGUGUCUGCACUCCAGAAAAAGGUGAAAUAAAAGAAUUUCAGCUUUCUGAUUGACACUGUGGGUUCUUUGUGCCACCAAGGAUGGGGCAACCAGCAACCCCAAAGCCAAGUGAUCCCUGGAAUAUGAAGGAAUGCCAGGUGUUGGGAAGCCUGGAGCUGUCGCUGCAGGUUCACCUUUGAUAGCACAGGGUCUGACCUGCUCGUGGAUGUUCAGAACAGCAAAACAGCCACAAAAACCCCUCCAAACCCCCAAAAUAUUUCAUACAUCCAUAGGUACCAACAUCCCAGCGAGACUGGGAGGUCUGAAUUCAUGUUUGGGAUUGGCCAUAAAACCCAGAUUGAGCGUUAGUAGAGCUGGGAUUAAACCUCCCAUAAAUUUCAGUGAAAACUACAUUGAGCCCUAAAUUUAAAAAAAUUAUCUUGGAUCAGGCUCAUUUUUAUAUUUUGACCUACUAAAACACCCCAAACAGCUCCAAAGCAUUACAAUGGUGGAUUUUUUCCCCCCCUGCCCUGCUCUGCACGGGCUACUUUUAAAACUUAUCAUCAAACAGAUUCAAAAUUCCAAGUCCAACAAACAUUCCGGACCAACAGAAAUUUCUAGACCCCCUGCUACUUUUUUUUUUGUUGUUGUUUUUUAACAAAUAAGACUUUCAUUACAAAAUAUCAAUCAGAAAGGCUUCCAAUUUUAAAAAAUUUGAGAUAUUUCAUGGCAAAAAAACCCCUCUUUGUCCAGCCUUUCUUUUUUGAUUAUUGCUUAGUCAGCGCAGGCACGUGGAAAAAAAGAUCCACCACAUCACUGAAGGCUUGGGAAGAUUCAGGGGGGGAAAAUUUACAGGCUGGCAAUAAAUAAAAAAGAAAACAAAACCAAACAAGGAAAGUUCCUGAAACAUUCCACAUUCCUGUCACACUCCAGUUGGUUUUAUGAGCUCUGUCCAGUUGCUCGAGUUGCCACGGGGGGAAAAGAAAACCUCCCUAGGAAGCUGCUCCAAGUUUUUGCAGGAAGUGUUGAUGCAAACGUGGAAAAAUGGCUUCUCCUGGUUUGAUUUGAGCCAAAAAAAAAAAGUGAAAAUAAUUAAAUAUAGGAAUGAUUUAGAGCGUGAGUUUUGCUCAGGAGUGGAAAUCGUGGUGCUGGAGGUGCUGGAGGGGAGAACUCACUGGGAGCUUCCCAGAGAAAAAGGUGUGUAAAUAAAUCAAUCCAAUCCUCAACCACGAGAGGAGGACUUUGGCACUGGCAAAACACCCAACAAAAGGG